AUUAAAUAUUAAACAAAACUCUCUUCUAUCUCGCAAUAACAACUCGUGAAAGUGAAAAUACCCUUUUAACUGUUUUGAUGCAAUUACUGAACUUCGUUCCAAAUUUCAAACUUGAUUACAACACUCACUCAUGCUUCGAUUUCUCUCCAAUGGGUCAAAUCUUUUUCAGCAGCUUACAUUCAUCCCUACUAUCUUAAAAUCGUUGCCAGUUUUCACGCCUGCCACCUAUUCGACAAAUGUCCCAGCCGAAAAUGAGGUUAAAUUACAAAAAUCAAGAGAUAAAUGGAAGGAUGCCACUGAAGUUUUAAGUAAAUGGGGUUGUGGUGGAGACGAUAUGAAGAGAAUAUUUACCCGUUGCCCCGCAUUGCGCUAUGCCGAUCCUUCUCAGAUUCAAUCAAAACUCUGCUUGCUUAGUGACUUGGGUUUAGGGUCAUCUGAGCUAGUGAAGAUUAUCAAUUGCAGGCCUCGGUUUUUCAGGACGCGGAUUAACCAUAAGUUCGGAGAGAGGCUUGACUCUCUUAUGUCAUUGUUUGAGUCAAAGGAAAUGCUUCACAAGGCCAUUGUAAGAAACCCUUCAUUGUUAUGUGAAAAUAGCUAUGACAUCGAAGGUAUUGUUGCACAAUAUGAAAAGUUAGGUGUGCCGAAAAGGGACUUUGUUAAAAUGCUGAUUUUGCGGCCGACAAUCAUUUCAAGGACUUCCUUUGACGAUGAGAAACUUGAGUAUAUAAGUAGGGCUAGGGUUUCGAAGGAUGCUAAGUUGUACAAGUAUGUGGUGACACUAAUAGGGAUUUCUCGUGUGGACACGAUUCGUGAAAAGGUCUUGAAUCUAGCAAAGUUUGGUUUUUCGGAUGAUGAGAUACUUGCUCUUUUUGGGAGGUCUCCUAAUAUUUUGACAUUGUCGACCGAUAAGGUUCAGAGGAACAUGACUUUCAUUUUAGGUACAAUGAAGCUUGAAGCUAAGACGAUCUUAAAGUACCCGAAUCUCUUGUUCGCAAAUAUGGAGACUGUUUUGAAGCCAAGAGGGCUUCUAGCAAUGAAGAUACAAGAUAUGGAUUCCAAGUUGAAAAUACCCUCAAUACAUAAGGCAUUGAGGAUGUCAGAGGAGAGGUUUUUAAAAUUGUUUGUUGAAUGUCAUGACAAGGAAAUAGCUGAUGAAUUAAUGGAGUUUUAUAAAAGGACAAAAGAGGUUAAAAGAUUAGCAGCUUCAUCAAAGACUUGUACUUCUAGAGGUUUCCCUUUUUGAACUACAUUUCUAUGCUUUGAGAUAAGUUUAGAGCUGAAGUAGAUUUCUGUUUUGUGGUUAUUAUUUUUCUGACGCUUCGUAUUAGCUUUCUCUGUCUGUCUAAAUCUUAAUGGAGAUUUUUCCUGUCAGUUUUUGUAACAGCCUGACAGGUGAGCGGCUAAGUUUUGAAGUGAGGAAAUAAUUUAUAUUCAUAUUGAUGUAAAAUAAAUGCUGAAUAUUCUUACAAAUGACAAUGCACUAAUCCUUAUUUAUGCUUAUAUUAUGCUCCUGUUGAUCUAUGUCAUAGAGAUUCGACAAAGUUUUACGUUGACAGUCGAUUGUCUUUCACAACCCUCUCCUUUUAUUCCAGCUAUACAUUACAAUGCUAACAUAGACGAGAUUCCAAUGAGGUUGGUCUAGAUGAAGCAUGUGACGCACCCAAACUCUUUAGUGAGAGGUUCUUGGUUUGAUAUUUUGUGAAAAAUAAACCUCUCUCAGAGAAGUCAUACUCUUGUUGCUCUGUCUGUCUUGAACAUGAUUGUCUCUAGUAGCAGUGCACCUGUGAAUUUCAUCAAGAAAAGAGAGAACGGUGAAAUGCUAACACAAUAUAUGGUAGAAUAUGAUGAGUUGAUAUAUUUCAGACAUUGUAACAUUCAUAAACAACUUAAAUGUCUGUAUAUGGAAGCAAAAAUGGUUUACACAUUAUGCAUCAAGGAAGGUUGACUGUUUGACAUUUUCUUUCUGUUAUUUUAUAUUCCUAUCUGUCAACUUAAAGGUGAAAAAUUGUUUCCUCUGAAGGAACUGAAAGAUAUCAUUAACAAGGUUCUUAUGGGCUAUGGUUGCAACCUGGUUCUUUUUCGUAUGGACCACAAUUUGAGGCUUUAGGUGAUGUUGUAUGCUUCACUUGCAUAUAAAUUCAUGAGGUGCAGUCUUUGUGUAUGGCAAAAUUUGCAUGUUUGAUUGUUUAUCUUGAAUGAUAAAUUUUUGGUUCCGUGCUUGCGUUAUUCUUGGUUCAUAUUUGUAUGAAACUAAGGACCUGUUUGUGCUUAUGUUUUUCUUUUUCUUCAUUAUUGUUAUUUUUUCUGUUUUAGUUAUGAGCUCAUUCUACACUGAAUUUGAUAUUUGAGUAUUAAAGCAAUCUCUAAUUUUUAAUAAUCUUACUUUUUUUCAACCAGAGAAAAUUUACUGGUUAAAUAAAAAUCCCUCUUCUGGCAUUGAGUUAUUUCUUUAUUUUGGUUAUGAAUGCAUGAAACCGUAAUUAGAGUGGUCAAAGUCAAUGUCAUGCAUUGAAAUUGCAAAUCCAUUCUUAGUGUGUUUUU